AACAGAAAUAAGGAACAACGUUGUUUCAAAAUGAAGACAGCCAUUGCUCUGAUAGCAUUGAUCUCUCUCACCGGCAUUCUGGUGUGGGCCGCACCAAAUCAGCAACAAGUACAGGACAUUCAAGAAAUUCUGGGAAAUGCUCAUGAUGUAACAAAGCAUGACGAGGAUGAAGUUGACAAAGAGGAUGCUGAAAUGGAAACUUUCAUUCAAGAUCUGAUGUCUGCCCACAAACAAGAUGGGGCACAAGUCGAGGACUUCCUCCAUAAACUCAUGAAUGAAGAGGAGGAAACAGCUUCCGAACAAAAAAGCAAUGAUGAUGAUGAUGACGACGAUGUUGUAGACAACCAGAGCAGCGAUCUCGACGAAGUUCAAAGUGACAAUGACGACGAAUUGGAGGCUGCGGUCCAAGAGCUUAUACAAGAUGACGAUAGAUCUAACGAUGAUAGUGAUUUGGAUGUUGCUGCUCUUCAAGAGCUGAUCGCCAAGUCACAAGACCCAGAUGUUAAAGCUCAAUUUUGGGGGGCUAUUGCUCGUCUCGGGACGCGGCUAAUCAGCAGGGUUGGGAGACGGUUUGGGAGAAAGUUCAGGAGAACGUCUAACAAGUUUGGGAGAAGGUCCAGGAGGUCCAGGAGAAGGCUUAGCAGGUCCAGGAGAAGGCCUAGCACGUCCAGGAGAAGGUAUGGAAGAAGGAUUGUGAGAAGGAGAUACUGGCCUGGACAACAAAUCAACCAGUGUUAAAUUGGGUGAGCUCAAAUCAACUGGAACUGAAAAACUGAGUCGUAGAAAAACUGCAGUAGUCUGUUCAUGCAGUGUAUAGCACUGCAUAACAUUUAUAAUAUAGCUAUAGAAUUAGUGUGAAUUACAUGUUAUUGCAUGAGAUUAUUAAAAAAAUUGGU